AAAACGUUCCUCUGCUGUAAAGGACUGUUUGUAUUGCAUGCCGGCCUAAUGUAAAUAUAUUGCAUGGUACUCUCUCCCUGCUGCUCUGGAGUUGCCAUUAUGACAGGAAAAAAAUUCCACACUUUCACAAAGGAGAAAGGAGUGAAAGAGUAAAAGUGACCCAAGAGAACUAAGGAGGAAAUCCUGGGGAGUGUGGAGCCUAAGGGAGGUGCAGGGUAGACAAGACAGAGGCUGGCCCUGGUUUUUACAUGUGCAGAAGUUGAACUGCGUGAGGGCCCACAUGAUCACCACAUCGAGGGUACCCGCUGAUAAAUCGGUCCGAAUAGCCUUUAGCCUCAAUGAUUCCACGGAGUUGAACGAUCCUGACAACUCAUUUCCAUUGGCAUUUCCAGACCUUGACCAGCAAUUGCAGCCAUUGCCUCCAUGUCAUGCUUCCGUGGAAUCUGUACAAGUCUUCAAGGACCACUGCAAAAUGGCCAAAGAAUUCUGUGACGUUAAAAAAGAAAUGGCUUUACUGGAAGAACGCAAGAAAAAGCUGAUGGCUGAGCUGGAUGAUGAUGAAAAGGAGAACCUGGUUGCUGCUCAACUGGAAAGGGAGUUCAGGGAGCUGGCUGAAGAGAAUCAGACUCUUAUUUCGUGCCACAAUCACUACAGUGAACAGCUCGAGAUACUCAGAGUACAGAAUCAAAAACGACAGGGCUCAUCUUAACCUGCUGCUCCAUCAAUUUAAAUUUUAAGCUUCGGUCUUGAUCAGCCUGAACCAUGCAUGUUCUUAAAUGCAUUUACAAUUGAGCAUAUGAUGUGAAUGGUCUUUUCACUGCUAUUUGAGUUCCAUGCCACUGCAGUGAACAAGGGAAGAGCUGACAUGGUGCUUACAAUAAGAGAUGUUUGAUAAAUGGGACUCUGUCCCACAUUCUUCUUAUCCAGCCUUUUUUUUUCAAAACUAAUAGCAAUAUUUUAAAAUACAGGAAAGUAAUGUUUUAGCAUACAACAGUUGUCAGAUUGGGAUGUUGGUUUU